AUGGUUGACUGUGGUCCAUCCUGUGCUGUCCCAUCCUGUGCUUCCACCCCCACUGUUGGGUUUGGAUCAGCAGGAGGUCUUGGUCUCGGCCAUGGAUUGGGAGGUCUCGGCUAUGGAAAUGGAGGAUUCGGCUACGGAUAUGGUGGUCUCGGCUAUGGAUAUGGAGGUGCUGAAAGAGCAGCCAACCUCGGAGUCCUGGCAGGAGUUAUCCCAUCCUGCAUCAACCAAAUCCCACCAGCAGAAGUUGUGAUCCAGCCACCUGCCUCCGUUGUGACCAUCCCAGGGGCCAUCCUCUCUGCCAGCUGUGAGCCUGUGGCUGUUGGAGGCAACACUCCAUGUGCCGUUGGUGGUUCCGGGAUCGUAGGAGGCUAUGGCUAUGGGGGCUUGGGCUUUGGGUCUGGCCUCCUUGGAAGCUCUGGAGGUUUCGGCUAUGGUUUGGGCUACGGGAGGGGAGCACUCCUUGGAAGGAAGUUCGGGCGUCGUGGUAACAUCUGUGCAUAA